AAACUUUGUGUCAAAGGACAUUUAAUGAUUUAUUUUUAAGGGCGGUUACAUGCAAGCCCGUGGAAAAUUCUAGACUUUAUUUUCACUUGUGUGUUUACUGCGUACUAGCUGUAGUUUUUAAAUUUAUUUGUCAGUGUCCUUAUUGAUCGGUUAAAAAAAACUAUUGACAUUUACUAAAGGGUGAAUAGACCACCCGGUGGAUGCAGGAAUUCGUCGAGAAGAUGACGGUGUUCGAAGUGAUGCUGAUUGAAAACGUAAAACUUUUCGAAAAUGCGCGGUAAAGAAACAAUGAAUACGUCAUUGGGAUGGGCAAGAGAAUACGGACCAACAACUCGGAUUAAGGUACCAGACACUGAGAUUGACAUUGGAAAAAUAGAUUGUCAGCUGAGCAGCAUCAAUAAUAAUUAUCAGAAAAUCCCUAAUUUAAAUCUGACUAAUUUAGACCCUCAUUUAGUGUCUCAGAAUGGUUUGAAUUAUUGGAAUCACAAUAUAGCCCCGUAUGAUGGGCUACCAUUAUUGGAAUACGCUCCUCAGUGGGCGCUUCCAUCGACUCACUCUCAAUGGGAUCAUCAAGAAAACCCACUUUUAGCAUACAACAGUGCAUACGUACCGUGGAGCUUGAAUAAAAAUACCAUAAAUAUUCCUAAAGAAUUAAACACGUGGUAUUGCAAAGAUUCACACCCGGCAAUUGAACUCGCAAAACCGAUUGUUGAGUUAACACCACCGAAGAAUACAGUACUAGAUCAGCCAGUUGACUUGUCAGUACGUUCGGUUAAAAACAAUCUCUGCCUCAAAGACUGUAAGACGAAAUUAAGUCAGAAAGACUUGAAGGAUAAUUCAGUAUCAAAGUGUGAAGCUAAAGAAUUGCUGUCACCUAUUAAAAAUUACCAUUCCAAAGAAGAAAUAAACUUUGUAUUACCUAGUAGUAAAAUAAAAACCCAAAAGUGUGAUUUAUAUUCACCGAAAUUCUGCUCUAAAGAGUCGAGCGGAAUUUUCUGGCCUACGAAAAAGUUGGAUGUAGACGCUUGUGAUUUAAAAGCCGAGCAAGUAGAAAAUCAGGGAAAAAGUCUGAACCUGUUAUCGCAAAAUAUUUGGGAGGAUUUCGCGAUGUCUGGACAGUACCCAGGACACAGUAGGCCGCCAGUUGGCACUCCACCGCCACAAGCUGUCUGGAAUCACUUGACAAUGACUCAAGGCUCUGGACUUAAUCUUCAUCCAACAGCGUUGUCAGGCGCGACGCUAAAUCCAGCUGGAUUUUACACCCACCCAUCAAUGGCAAGAACAUCUCACUUGUCGUCUCAAUUGACUCCACAGCUGGCUCACACUCAGGCACCACCUACGUGGCACACACCCACGGUGCCUUCGAAAAAUGUCACUUCUAAUGCGCCCGGUAAUCCGCUAUUUAGUUUACAAAUGCUUGUUGACAAUAGACAAAAUCAAAAUCAGUAUCGCAGCUCACCUGGCUCUCAGAGUACUCUAGAUUUAUCAGCUACGUCUGAGAUGGCGGAAAAUUAUUCGAGAAUGACUCAGGAAAUACCUAUAAGUCUGACUGCACGUAGUGUAGAUAAAGGCAGCCGUAAUGGUAAUAUUAUAUCACCCCCAAUUCCUUUGAACGGUGAAACGUCAUCUGACAGUGGGAUAAGUUCCUCCGUACCGACGCCAAAUUCCCUUGGAGAUCCUCUAACAUUAUCGUUAUCAACCAAGGACCAACUUUUGACAACUCCCAAGAUAACUGUUAAGAAUUUUGAAAGUAAUCUUAAAGGCGUGGCUAAUCUUCAUGAUAAAAUGAAGGAGCUGACUGGUGGUGUUGAUAAUUUUACUCAGAAAAUGAUUAAUUUACCGCCUAGCGUUACUAUUGAAAGAGUACUGCCAGAUAAAAAAGACACUGAACCAGUUAAAGUUAAAGACUCGCUUAGUGUUAUUGCACAGGGGCCGCGCAGUGUACUGCCUGUUAUAGUAAAUCUUACUUCAAGGUUAGAUAAAGACGUGACAGACAGCCCAAAGCGUGAGCCUUCGUCCGAGCGAGAUCGUAAAAUUGAUGAAAUGAAUGUAAGAUCUCCGAAGAAUCUUCCUAAGAGAGGUAAAAAAGGCGUUGAUUCCUUGCUGGAAAAACUCGAAGGUGGAAACAAGAAACUGGGUAAUACUGAGAAUAUUGGAUCUGUUAUUGUAACUCCAGUCGAGGAAGUUAAAGACACUUGCAGUGUAAAAAGUAUGUCCCCUGAAAGGCAAAAAUCUAAAUCUCCGACAAGAGAAGAGGACGUUGUGUCUCCGGAGUUUAGUAAUGAUGAUUCUAAUGACAAUAUGAAACAACGACGGAAACGAAAGCUCGAAAAACCCGUGAGGUUGAGCAAAGAUUCGAAAAUGGAAGUCGAAGACAUGGAGCUCGAGCCUACGGAACCUAGAGAACCAAGGAUAUGUGAGACAGUCCGUGAAGAACUUGAGGAGGCAACUUCUCCCCCAGCGCCAGUAAUCCCUCCACAAAAAGAGGAAGUUAGAUUAGAGAAGAGAUUAGAGCAAGCUAAAACGAAUGAGGAAAUAAUAAAUCCAGUGACAAAAGCUAAUCAGGAUAAUAAGGUUGAAGAAAAUGAACCCGUAAGAAGGCGGAGCAGUAGUGAAGGAUCUUCCUCGACGACUAAUCCCGCGCCGACGAAUAAUCAGCGGGUUAGGAGAAAAUCCAGCGAUGAUGUUAGUGAAUUCUCGAAAAUAACUAGCCCUAAGGGCGUUAAUAAUGCGAUACAGUUUAAUGAGGUUGAAUCAGAGCUUGAAAAAAUGUUUGCUGGGAUUGUUGAGACGGAUACUGAUGUAAAAAAGGAGCAGAAAGUUGAUGGCUCGACGACGGCUGCUGCUACAACAACAACAACAACAACUACUACUACUUCUACGACAACGACGACUACAAUAGACGCUAAUGCAGAGUUGGAUCCUUUGAAACAAGAGACUGGUGAUGAUAUUAAAGCGGAGAGUAUAGACACUCUCAAUAGUACUAAUCCUACGGAUGUUACUUCUACGGUGGGAACUAAACCGCCGGCGAAGAAGGGAAAAAAGGGCAGAGCGAGGGCGAAAAAACGAAAAGCUUCGAGAGCUCCUCCGGAAAAUAUGUUCGGGCCUCAUGUUGGGGAAAAUAUUGGGUUGAGAGAUGCCAAACGGAGGAAACAGUCUAAAGGAUUGAAAAAGAAGUUUGAGGUUGGGAAGAAAAAGAAACCUGAUGGUUUGAGAGAAAUUGCUUAUGAUUCGGGGUCCAAUGCUAGCUCGAUAAGAUCUAGAGGUCCUGUGGUUCAUGUUGAAGGCCCGAGAGACAGUCCUCUGAGUGUUCAGGUCGUUAAUGCGCCGAGGGAAGAAGAAGAGGAGAAGAGCAAAGAGAAGCGGAAGAGUGUUGGAAAUGGAAAUGUCGGAAGGAGUAAGAGACUGAGUCAUCAGAAUGAUCUGGAUUAUCGUGGAAAAGUAAGCAAAGCUGGUCUCUUUAGUUCGACUCUAUCAUCGCGAUACGACGCUCAUACUACUGACUCUACGUGGGUAUGUGUCUUUUGCAAACAAGGACCUCAUUAUGUCGUCCCUGGGGAUCCUUCUCGGCCGCAUCCUAAUUUAGCCGGGCCCCAUAUAGCUCCUGGAACUUACACGGUACCCGCGGGAGUGCUCAGCGAUCUCUUUGGUCCUUAUUUAAUUGGGAAAGAGCGACUUGAAGAGAGCAUUCUGUCUGCAGAUGAGCAAGAAAUAACGACUGAACAAAAGAAAGGAGGGAAGAAUAAACGUAGCUUAAGGUACGCUGGUCUAGCGGAUAUGUUUUCCGCUAAAAUGGGGAAAAAGAAGAGGAACUCCGUUGAAGCCACCACCCCGGUAGUGUUCACGGGGAUGACGGUUAUUCCCGGCGACGAACAGCGCUGGGAAGUCUGGCUUCAUGAGCAAUGCGCUGUUUGGGCUGCUGGAGUUUACCUAGCUGGUGGACGAGUUACUGGACUCCAGGAAGCUGUCUGGGACGCGACAAAGUCUAUUUGCAACGCUUGCGGAAUGACUGGAGCUAAUAUUGGUUGUGUUAAGCGAGGCUGUAAGGAUGUUACACAUUAUCCUUGUGCUUUGUCUAAAGGCUGGCAUCUUGAUAACAUGCAAUACAUCCCCAAGUGCAGCCUACACAGAGUAACGUGAAAUCGUAAGCUGAUGAAAAUUAAAUUGAUACUCAAGUGUACUCUCCAAGAUGGGAGUUUCGAUACACCUAGGGACUAAUGGAUGAUUUGAUAAAUGUAAAAUGAUGUGUACCA